AUGUCAUCUCUACUUCACUUGAAAUUAGAUGGAAUUAGAAGUUAUUGUCAUGUUGGCCAAGUCAAAGAGGACAGCAGAAGAGCAGCUUAACAGUCAUAAUCUAUCUAUUUUAAGCAACCUCUCACUCUAAUUUGGGGUCAUAAUGGAAGUGGAAAGACAACAAUUAUUGAAGCACUCCGAACCAUCACUACUGGGAUGCAGCCUCCUAAUUCCGAGAAAGGCAGAAGUUUCUUAACAGAUAGUCAUUUGCUUGGAUAAAGCAAGACGGAUGCCUGUAUUGAACUUAGUUUUAAGUCCAUUAAUAAUCGUGAGAUUGUUGCUCGUAGACAUUUUAGUAUUGUAUAUGAUUCUCCAAAUUCUUGUAAAUUCUCUUCACUUAGAUCUACCUUAUAAACUAGAUCAUUGGAGACUGAUAAAUUAGAAACAUUGCAUUCCACUUGUGCCAAUAUAGAAAAAUAAAUUCCUUGUUUUCUAGGAGUUUCAGUCCCUAUUUUGAAUAAUGUUCUCCUGUGUCAUCAGGAAGAAUAGCUCUGGAUGUUUAGUGAUAAUUCAACAUUAAAAGGGAUUUUUGAUGAACUUUUUGAGACUACUGAUUUGGUUAACAUUGAAGUUAGACUCAGGGAAUAACUCAAAGAAGCUGAGAGCAAGGCCAAAGUACUAAUGGAGAAAGUGGAAUUCUCAAAAAGAGACAUGGAUGAUGGUCAACGAUAGAGAACUAAUCUAUAAAAUUAGUUAGAAGAAAAAAUCUAGGAAAUUAAAGUAAUCCAAGAUAUUAAUUCCUAAAUGAAUCAAAUAUAGAUUUCAAACAUCAAUUUCAAUAUCAUCUAAUAGAGAAUGAGUGAGUGUGCUGAUUUGAUUGCCUGCAGGAAUUCAAUAUAAGAGAACAAAUUAUAAUUGCAAUUGGAUCAUAUCGAUUUGAAUCAAUUAUCUUAAUAGGAUUUUGUUAUUUCCAGUCUCAAACAACUAGAAAUUGAAUUAAAAAGCUCCUAAGAUACUCUCAAAUCUACUGAAAUCAAUGUAGAAAAUAAAAAGAUCGAAUUAUAAGAACUUUAAGUUGAUACUUCAAUAGAAACAUUGAAAUAAGAAGUUAAAUUAAUUAGAGACUCCAUUAGGUCUCUAUUUAUGUUUUCUAAUAAUAUUUCUGAUGAAAAUUUAUUAAAGCAAGUUAAAGAAAAGAUAUCUUAAAAUAAACUUGAAUAAUAGUCAGAGUAAUAGACUUAACAAGAAACGCAAUCUGUCUUUUAAACUAGGAUAUCUAAUUUAAAUGAGAGGAAAUAGAAAUGUCUAAUUGAAGUUAGGAUAAAUGAGAAUCAAAGGAAUGAACAACUUAAAUUAAAAGAAUAAAUGAACAAAGAUAUUAAAAAUAAGGAAUUAUUACUCUAAUAAUUAACUUUCCAAAAGAGAUAGGCUGAAUAAUAAGAAGUGCAAAUUAAGGAAAAACUAAAGUUAAAAUAAGAGUUUGAAUAAAUCAAUUAAGAUCUUAUUGAAUGCUAUGAUAUCACAUAGAAAAAUUCACAAAUUAAUUCUUACUAAGAAAUAGUGAAGAAAAUAUCAGAAUUAGAGGAGAAUAUAUCCUCUAAAUCGACAUAAAUUGAUUUAUUAAUUCGAGAAAAUGGAUGGAGAGCCAUGAUUAAAUUAAAUGGAUCAAAAUUAGAACGAGACAUCUCCAUCUCAAGAUGUGAGGAGUCAAUUAAAUAAAAGAUGUAAUCAAUCAAAACUUAAAUGGCUAAAGAUUAAGCAUAAAUUAAAAUAUUAAAUGAUCAAAAAGAGGAAUUGAAAAAUUAAUUAUCCAUCAAUAAAGCAAUUAAAUAUGAUCCUUUUGAAUUAGAAAACGUAAAAAGAUAACUUAGAGAAGUCAAAGAAAAUAAAAUUAAAUACAUCUUCAAUCAAACAGAGUUUAUUGACCAAUAUAUUACUAGUUCCAAACAAUCUGGAAAAUGCUUAUUAUGUCUUAAACCGACUGAUUAAAGUUGCUUUGAACUAUUAAAGCAUAGAGUCCAACAAAAUUUACCGAAAACUAAAUCUAAAAUUAACGAAUUUGAACUUUAAAUCAAUAGUCUAAAAGCUGAAAAAGAAAAGAUUAAAUAAGGGAUUCAAAAUAAUCAACAUUUAGAAAAAAUUAGACAAUUAGAUUCAUAAAUAGCUGAAAUUUAAGCAACUUAAAGAGAUUCUGUUGCUAAUGAUUCUUUGUUGUAAUUGGAAAAAAAUCUUUAAGACAUUACGGUAUUGAGAUAAUUACUUGGGAAUGAGGAAGAAACCCAAAAGGAAUAGUUGUUAAUUCAAAAAAUAUAAUUGGAAAAAGAGAAUUCAUUUUUGAAAGGAUCUUUAAAAUUAUCAAAUAAUCCUCAUAAUUAAAGUUAACUCCAGAAAGCUAAAAUGGAUAUUCAAAAUAAAUUAAAGUAAUAUGAAGGUUUAUAAGAUAAUUAUGAAAAUCCAAAAUAAUUAUAAGACAGUAUGUUAAGAAUUUAAACUGAGUUGAAUCAAUUAAGAUAGUAGAAUUAAAAAAUAGUGAUUUAAGACUUUGAUGAUAAAUCUUAUGAGAUCUCAUAGAUAGAAUCUCAAUUGAAUCAAUUAGAACUAGAACAAAAGUUAUAGUAUGAUCAAUAUAUGGAAUCUAUUCUAAACAAGAAACAACUCUUGAAUAAUUUAGAAGCAAUAUAACCUUAAUUCGAAUAGAAAGUAUUAAAGAAAUAAGACUUAAUGAAUAAGAGUAAGAAUAACUAUAAAUAUGCUGAUUACAUAUAAAAAUUAUAAAUGGAAAUCUAAGCUGAGGCUGAUAAAAUGAAGUAAUUAGAAUUAGAUAUUAAUUAAAAAUAAUAGAAGUUAAAAUAAUAUUAAGAAUUAUAAGAUUAUAUAUAAAAAUUACAAAAAUGGUAGGACCUAGAUCAAGCAGAAGAGAAAUUGAAUGAGUAGAUAGAGAUUCUACAAUAAGAAAUUCAAAAAUUAUAAGAUGAGUAUUAAUCAUAACAACUAAAUAUAUCGAAAAAGGAUAAAUUUAGAUUAGAAUAUGAUUUGAGAAGGUCGAAAUUAGAAUAAAGCUUUUAAUCAGCUUUGGAAUUAAAAAAGGAUAUCAAUAGAAGAUAUGAUGGAUCAGAACAAAAAAGACUUGAAAUGUUAUGUGAGUAUGUGGCAACUUAAUAAUUUAUAAGUGAUUUGAAAAAAUAUUUAUAAAUUUUAGAGGCUACGAUGCUUGAAUGUCAUGGUUAAAAAAUGAAAGAAAUCAAUAAAUACUUAUUGGAUACUUGGCAGAAAAUAUACAAUGGAUAAGACAUUAAAUUCAUAGAAGUAAAAUUCGAUGAAAUUCCAAAUUAAAAAAAGAUCUCCAAAAAAUAUAACUAUAGAUUGGUGAUGAGAACUAUGAAUAAUACAGAAAUAGAUAUGAAGGGGAGAUGUUCAAUGGGUUAAAAGAUGCUUGCAUCAAUAGUCUUUAGAAUGGCUUUGGCGGAAUGUUUCGGUAGUAAUUGUUGUUUUUUGGCACUAGAUGAGCCAACAUCUAAUUUGGAUAGAAAACAUAUAAAAACAUUGGCUGAACAACUUAACUCAUUGAUAGAAUUGAUGAAAUAGCAUGAAUAAUAAAUUUAAUUGAUUAUAAUCACACAUGAUAUGGAUUUAGUGAAAUUAUUAAAAAGACAUUCUGAAUCUUAUUACAUGAUUAGUAAAAAGGAAAAUGGUUUUUCUGGAAUUGAGGAAAGGAAAAUUGAGGAACUCAAAUGA